AUGCUACUAAAAAAAAAUAAAGACACAAAUCUCAAAGAAAAACCAAAAAACAUUCAUAACAUAAGUGAUAACAAAAUGGAUAAGUAUCAAAAAUUAUUGGAGAAUGACUCGGAUGAUUGUGAUGUAAAAUAUUUAGGUGAGAAAGAACAUGAGAUCGAGAAAAUAUCUCGGAGAAUAUAUGAAGAGAAUAGUAAAAUAAAAAAAAUUAAUUUACAUCAUAAAAUAAUAAAGGACGAAUUAGAAAAAAAACAAUUAAUUGACCAAUCUGAUAAGAAGAAAAAAAACUCUUUAGAUCAUUAUAAAAAAAUUACGGUGAAAUUACAAAAUAAUAUUAACAAUAUUGAAGAAUAUACAAAUAAUAUUACAAAUGAUAUAAACAUAUUAAAAAGUUCUAUAGACGAUGAAAGGAAUGAAAGAAUUAUUUAUAACAACAAUAUGAAAAUAUUAAUUAAUGAAUAUAAUACUUUAAAAAAAAACAUCAAGAAUUUAAUAAUACAAGAAAAAGAACAGGUUAUCCAAAAUGAAAAAUUAAAAGCCGAACUAGUUGAAUUGAAUAAAGAAAAAGACAUCAUGGAAAAAAAACAUAGAGAAAAUUUUAAAACAUUACAACAAAAAUUAAAAGACCAAAAAAUUUUAUCCUCAGAACAAAAAUUACAUGAAUUAAUAAAAAUGAAGCAAAGUCAUAAAGACAAGAAAUAUAAUAAGACUAUAGACGAAACGAAUACAUCAUAUAAAAAAAAAGAAAAACAAGGUAACACAAACAAUGAAAAUAUUGUUAAUAACAAUUGUCUAAUCGAAGACUAUGAGAAUGAAAAGAAACAAAAAUUAAACCAAAAAAUUAUAUUGCUAAAAAAAUUGUGCUUAAGGAUAUUAUUUAUAAAUGAAUAUCAAAAAGAAAAUAUAAACAAAUUAGAAACAAACAUAGAAAACAUGAAUAAUGCAAUUAAUUCUAUAAAUUCUUUAAGUGCUAAAAAUGGAGAUUUCGAUCAUAUUAUAAUAAACUUAAAUGCAUCAAAAGAAAAAAAUUAUAGUCUUAUAUCCAGAAUUAAUCUUUUAAAUUAUGAAACAAAUGUACUAAUAAAAUUAAAUAAAAAAAUGAAAGAAAAAUUUAAGAAUAUUAAUGUCCAAAAUGAUGAAAUUAUUCAUUUGAAAAAUAAAAUUACUAACAAAAUGAACGACAAAAUAAAUACUAUUAAAACUUCAUUAAUUAAUAAUCAAGAAACUUGUAAACUAAAAAAAAAAUGCUUUUAUGAGUGUGUCUCAUAUUUAAAAUCAUUAUAUGACUUUAUUAAAAAAUAUGAAAAUAGUAACAACAAAUUAAAUUUAAGAACACAAAUUAUAAAUAAAGACAAAAUUUUUCAUUUUAAUUAUAUACAUAAAUACAAUGAAGAAAUAUUAGUUGAUGAAAAUCAUCUAAAUGAUUUCUUGAUAUUUAUUGAAAGAUAUAUAUAUGCUUUGAAUUUUUAUCUUCCUAUGCCUUUUAAUUAUAAAACAUUUAUUUAUCAAAAUCCAAAUUUUCACAAUACACAUUUUAAUGAUAUAGAUAUCCAAUUAGAUACAACCAAUAUAAAACAAUCUGAAUUUAUUUCUACAAAUAAUCUCAAUACACCAAAUGAUCUCAUACCAAGCCAACAAACUCCACAAGCAGAUUAUAAAGUAAUAGAUAGUAAAGAUGAUAUAAAAAAUGAUGGCAGUAUAAAUGAUAAUGCUGAUAAUACAAAUGAUUCAUCGGUGAAUCAAUCAAGUAAUCUUGCUGUCGAUAUCAAACAGGAAAAUGAAGAAACACAAAAUGAAAAUUCGGCAAAUGGCGAAAAAAAAAACUCAGUCUUGGAGGAAGCAGAUGAUAAUAUUAAGAAAGAAGAUGUAGCUAUAGAAGAAACAAAAGAAGAUACAGCCAUAGAAGAAACAAAAGAAGAUACAGCCAUAGAAGAAACAAAAGAAGAUACAGCCAUAGAAGAACCAAAAGAAGAUGCGGCCAUAGAAGAAACAAAAGAAGAUGUAGCUAUAGAAGAAACAAAAGAAAAUGUGGCCAUAGAAGAAACAAAAGAAGAUGUAGCUAUAGAAGAAACAAAAGAAAAUGUGGCCAUAGAAGAACCAAAAGAAGAUGCAGCCAUAGAAGAAACAAAAGAAGAUGUAGCUAUAGAAGAAACAAAAGAAGACAUAGUUGCCGACGAAAAAAAUGAAAAUGUAGUUACAGAAGAAACGAAAGAAAAUUUAGCUAUAGACGAAAAAAAUGAAAAUGUAGCUGUAGAAAGUAGCAUAACAGGAGAAAACAAUCAAAGUGAACAAAUAAAUGAUAUUAUAAUUAAUGAAGUAAAAGAAAAUUAUUUAUUAAAUCAUUUCAAUUCUCGUAAUAUUGAAUAUGAUAAACUAAAAGAAGAAUUACCAAAAGAGCUUCUAACAGCAAAUCCGAAUCUUUGA